AUGGGCAAUGUUGGAAGCCGUCUAGAUGACUCUGGGAACUUGUACUUCAAGGAUCAGACAAGGUAUAUCCGCCUACUAGUCACAAUCGCUUCCGUGACCAUAACGAAUUCCAAACGGCGCGUGCUAUUAAGCCUUGUUCCGAACGCGUUCCCCGCUACGAGAUAUACUGCCAAGCGUGAGACCGGCGACGACAGCCCAAUAGAAUAUAUACAGGAUCCCGAUGUUUCGCCGUCUGCCCCUGUCCCCACCUUCCUCCUGCGAUUAAACAACGAAGACGAGUUGAAUUUCAAAUUCACAUUCAUCUUGAGACAGACACAGACGGGAAACGCUGCGAAUUCAACCGUCAACGGCGUCUCAACAUCAUUGCCCGAAGUUGCCGACACGGUGCUUACAGGCCUUACGUUUGCGCAUGCGCCCAACUCACGAGAACUGGACAACUUGAUCACCAGAGAAUUCCAUGCCAACCCUAACUUGCAGAAUAAUUCAAAUGUACAGCUAGUCGGAGACUACUCUACCGCGGGUAGUCCUUCGGUUCAGUUUGACUGGUCCUGGAAAUGGAAGCCCCCCAAAGUGGUAGAAGAUAAGGGAGGUGGUUGGAGGAACAGCUGCAGCUUUCUAGAUUAUGAUCAAAGAGCGAAUCGGUUGAACACUCUUGCUCACUUCUCGUUUUGGGUGCAUAAUACAAUACGCUCGCUUCCAAGCCCGCAAGUUUCCUCGCCAAAUUUGGAAGUUAACGUCCCUUUCCGCAAUCGCAUUCCCUCGUCACAGUCCGUUCUCUCCCAUUCCAGCGACGCGGACGCCGCUUCCAAUCCCCAGAAUGUCCCUGUUACACCCCCGGAAGCUGGUGAUACAUCGGCCACAUUGCCCCACGUCUCAGCACCGCCUCCGCCUGUCAAAGUCGACCUUCCUCAUUCGCGUCCUGGCGAGGACAUGAGCGUGGUUGAGGAUGGUCCGUUAUUCCGGGCUACGAUGAAAGCCCUGGAACAGAAGACAGGGAACAUGCGUGCUAAGAUAAAGAAGGUCCUCAAGAAAGCUGAAGCCGCUCAGCAGGCACAGACUGCCUGUAACGAAGCUGUGGAAGCCUUCCUCUCCGCAUUAAAAGAGGCCUCAACCUCUAACGCGAACGCCAUACAGCCUGCGCUUGAUCAUUACUUUGAGAGAACUGCAGUGCAAAUAUUGAAUUACGAACGCUUGAAUACCAUUCAGCUUCAGAGACUUGUCAUAGAACCGUUGGUUAAGCUAUACAACAAUGACAUCAAACAGGCGGAGGCGAAGAAGAAGGAAUUCGAGGAAGAGAGCAGAGAUUACUACGCCUAUGUUAGCCGCUAUCUCGGUCAACGCCAGGAUUCGUUGAAGGAAAAGAAGCGAGUGGAAAGUGAUUCCAAGUAUCAGGCAAAGCGACGCAACUUCGAGUUGAAGCGUUUCGACUACUCGUCCUUCAUGCAGGAUCUCCAUGGUGGCCGUAAGGAGCAGGAGGUUCUCUCCCACCUUACUAAGUAUGCAGACACUCAGGCGAAGAGUUUCCUGGCAGCCGCCAAGCAGGUUGAUGAUAUGGUUCCUCAGCUUGAUGCUCUUAUCCAUGAGGUGAAUCAAGCCGAUAAGGAAUUCCAGUUUCAACGCACAGAAAGGGAAGAAAAGCGAAGGAAUCUGGAGAAAAGCAGCAACAUGUAUAUCGAGCCUGACUCUCUAGCCAAUGCGGGUGCAUCAUCGGUACAUUCAGGAAAUGGCCAGCAGAGGAAGGAAGGCUUACUCUGGGCACUGUCUCGCCCAGGGUCUCAUAUUGACCCUAAGGGAAUAAACAAGCAGGCUUGGCAUAAGUUCUGGAUCGUAUUAGAUCAGGGGAAGCUCUCGGAGUAUAGCAAUUGGAAACAGAAACUGGACUUGCACAUGGAUCCUAUCGACCUGCGAAUGGCUUCCGUGCGAGAAGCCCGAAAUGCGGAGCGCCGAUUCUGUUUCGAGGUCAUCACACCGCAGUACAAGCGCAUCUAUCAAGCAACAUCAGAGGAAGAUAUGGCCAAUUGGAUUCGAGCAAUCAACAAUGCUCUGCAGAGCGCCGUUGAGGGCCGCGGCAUGUCUCCACCCCCAGUCUCGUCCGGCAAUGACAACACAUCCAUUGGCCGCGAUAUUGGCUCAGUACUCACUGGAAAGAGUACUUCGUACUCUGUCCAACAUUCCCAUUCAACAGGGUCUAACAACAGUGUCACCCGUCGUACAACUGUGGGUGCGAGACCAAGCUACGUACGCGGUGACGGUCUCGGUUUCGAGGAAAAUCCUUCGAAAUUGCUUCAAACCAUCCGAGACGCAGACCAGGGCAACAAUUGGUGUGCAGACUGCGGGUCUACAUCCAAGGUUGAAUGGGUCUCAAUCAACCUGGGGAUUGUGCUCUGCAUCGAGUGCAGUGGUAUCCACCGGUCACUUGGAACUCACAUUUCCAAGAUUCGUUCGCUUACACUGGAUGUCAACUCCUUCUCCAAUGAUAUCGUUGAAAUUCUGUUGCAGAUUGGUAACCGUGUCAGCAAUAUGAUUUGGGAGGCAACCCUCGAUCAGGCUCAAAAGCCGGUGGCGGCUUCUACUCGUGAGCAGCGGCUCAAGUUCAUCACCGCCAAGUACAGUGAACGGGCGUUUGUUCAGCCACUUCCAUCUCCCUUGUCGCGUUUCACUACCUCAGACGAGACUCUUCUGGCUGCGAUUAAAAGGAAUGACAUUCAGGGCGUGCUAUAUGGAAUUGCCCUUCGUGCCAAUGUGAACAUCACCGAUCGCUCUCGCAGCACUCAUGCCAUUUUUCUUGCUUUAGCCGCAGCGGAUCCAGCAUCGCCUGGUGCGGCCUCAAACCUCUCGGUCAAACCCAGCGGGGCGCCUACAGUGAAGGCCAUCCCAUUCCCUAUCGCAGAGCUACUGGUCCAGAACGGGGCCGAGAUUCCCUCGCAACCUCCUCCCAUCCCUCUUUCAUCGGCCGCUCAGUUAUAUCUGAGCCAAAGAACCGCCAGAGUAUCUGCUUACGGCUCGCCUCCGGCUGCGCCGUCACCUGGGAAAGCUACCCCCGAUUCUCUCGGUUCAGUACCUGCAAUUCGAGGCGCAGGGAAUGACCAUGUCAUUCCGACACCCCAAGCGCCGAGCUCUUUAGACAGUAAGGAGCGCGAGAAACUACAGAAAAGGGGCAGUGCUGGGGCCAGGUUUGCUGGAAAGGUUGCUUCCUUGGGAAUUGACCGCUAG